UUUGCUAGCUAGUUAGCGUUAGCUGGUAAGGUUACUCUGAAGCUCGCUGCUUUGGUGAACUAAGUUUGGAACCAGAGGCGACCCGAGUGGUAACUUCAAGCUAAUUACACGCUUUUCUGUGACUGUGAAUAGUGAUAAGUGGAUUGGUUUUAUUAAGGUGCAAGUAUCACAGUUAUGAGGUUAUUAAAGCAGGUCAACGUGAACGCGCAUCAUUUAGCUAAACCUGCACACAGAGGUUUCUGUGAGGGCGCGCCAUGGCAGCAACGUGCACGAGGAGCGCUGACACCCGAGCGGUCCGAUGUAAAUCACUGCAAUGGCAGAGGAGUAGGAGAGGGUGGGGUGGAGGACACCGGCUACAGCCCUGCCUCCUCCCUGCAUGCGAACACACAGCAGAGUAGACACACGGCAGGCAGGAAAGAAGACAGAGUACCAUCACGGGGCAACAAAGGGACGCAUGGUUCAUUUAAGGCAUCAAAUGAAUACAUGAUUCAUUGAGACCACUUCUGUUUACAGAAUCUGCAUCUGUCCUCACCUCAAAGGGUGUAAUAGCACUGCACAGUCAUGGAGCUGGAGCACUUUGAUGAGCGGGACAAGGCUCAGAGAUAUACCCGAAGGGGCUCAAGAGGGAAUGGGCUCCCCAGUCCCACUCAUAGUGCUCACUGCAGCCUGUACAGAACCAGGACCCUGCAAGCCCUCAUCUCAGAAAAGAAGGCCAAGAAGAUUCGCUUCUACCGCAAUGGGGACCGCUAUUUCAAAGGGAUUGUGUAUGCCAUUUCUCAGGAGAGAUUUAGGUCGAUCGAAGCACUCCUGGCUGACCUCACAAGAUCUCUGUCAGAUAAUGUCAACUUGCCACAAGGAGUGCGGACCAUAUAUACCAUUGAUGGGACAUCGAAGAUCACCUCCAUGGACCAGCUGGUGGAAGGGGAGAGCUAUGUUUGUGCAUCCAUAGAGCCCUUCAAGAUGCUAGACUACACAAAGAAUGUAAAUCCCAACUGGGCAGUCGGUGCUAGGACUGCUGCAGCCCUCCGUGACCCUUCUUCCCUUGGUAGCGCCAAGACUGGAUCCCCAGAAACCAGGGAGGGAAAGGACUUUAUUAAGCCCAAACUGGUAACCAUUGUCCGCAGUGGAGUAAAGCCUCGUAAGGCCGUACGGAUCUUGCUCAACAAGAAGACCGCACACUCCUUUGAGCAAGUCAUGACUGAUGUCACAGAUGCCAUCAAGCUGGACUCUGGAGUCGUCAAAAGGCUAUAUACUGUUGACGGCAAGAUGGUUACAUGCCUUCAGGACUUUUUUGGGGAAGAUGAUAUAUUCUUUGCCUGUGGGCCUGAGAAGUUCCGUUAUCAGGAUGACUUCAACUUGGAUGAAAGUGAGUGCAGGGUGGCAAAGUCUCCAUCAUAUGGCCGCCUCCCCUCCGUGCAGGGUCUCUCUUCCCCAAGAGGUGGUGGGAUGUCCCGCAGGAGUAAGUCUCCUUCAUCCACUGGUUCGGCUAAUGGCACUGCAGGCAGUCAGCUGUCCACACCUCGAUCUGGAAAGUCUCCAAGAUCCUCUCCAACCAGUCCAGCUAGCCUCCGAAGACGACGGGGAUCUCAGCACAGUGGCUCUUCACUUUCUUUAGCUUCUACCAAGGUUUGCAGCUCAAUGGACGAAGGGGAUGGGCCUGGCAGUGAGGCUGAGCCAGUGGAUGAGUACCCCUCAGUACCUGCUUCCAUAGCAGAGAGAUACAAAGUGGGGAGGACUUUAGGGGACGGAAACUUUGCUGUGGUGCGAGAGUGUGUGGAGAGAUCCACUGGAAGGGAGUAUGCUCUGAAGAUCAUCAACACAGAUAAAUGCAGGGGAAAGGAGCACAUGAUCCAGAGUGAAGUGUCAAUCCUUCGGCGCGUGAAACAUCCCAACAUCGUACUUUUAAUUGAGGAAAUGGACACCUAUAGUGAGCUCUUUCUUGUGAUGGAGUUGGUUAAGGGGGGCGAUCUCUUUGAUGCAAUCACCUCCUCAAAUAAAUACACCGAGCGAGACGCCAGCUGUAUGCUGUUCAAUCUGGCAAGUGCCAUCAAGUACCUGCACAGCCUCAAUAUUGUCCACAGAGACAUAAAACCAGAAAACCUGUUGGUGUUUGAACACCACGAUGGUAGUAAGUCUCUGAAGCUAGGUGAUUUUGGCUUGGCUACGGUCGUCAACGGGCCCCUCUAUACUGUGUGUGGCACGCCCACCUAUGUAGCACCAGAGAUUGUUGCUGAGACUGGGUAUGGCCUCAAGGUUGACAUUUGGGCAGCUGGUGUCAUCACUUACAUACUGCUGUGUGGCUUUCCUCCGUUCCGUGGCAGUGGUGAAGAUCAGGAGGCUCUCUUUGAACAGCUUUUGAGGGGCCAGCUUGAUUUCCCUGCACCUCACUGGGACCAUGUGUCUGCCACUGCCAAGGCUUUGAUCACUGGGAUGCUGCAGGUAGAGGUGGAUCAGAGAUACACAGCUGUACAGGUGCUCGAUCACCGCUGGGUCAAUGAUGAUGGUGUCUCGGAGAACGAGUACCAGCUGCCCGUGGCUGGGAAGAUCAAGAAGAACUUCAACACCGGGCCCAAACUCAACAGCACCACAGCAGGAGUGUCCGUCAUUACAACCACGUCACUUGAUAAGGAGAAGCAAGUUUUCCGACGAAGACGCCACCAGGAUGUGAAGCUCGCUCCCCAACUCCCACACAGCAUCGGCGCCUCCCGCAGUGCCAACCCCGGCCUCCCCGCCGCUGAGUUCACCUCUGAGCCUGAGGACUAUUCCCCUGGUUCGGCAGGCACUGUGCGUUCACCCACCUCUCCGUUCUAACCGCCUUCCAGAGGCCACAGCACCGUCCACCCCUCCAUGGAAAAGUGGAGAGGGUGCAAAACGGAAAGAUCCAACAUUGGGUUCAGUCUGCUGACUUAACUGAAUACUGACCUGUACCUUUUUCAAUUUUUUUCCCAGUCAUAAUACUUUUAAUAAAAAUGCAUUGAUCGGAGUAAGGGACAAGUUAGUCUCUGGAUCAAAGAAUAUACCUUUAAAGGGCGUUACAUUGCACGCGUAACGUAUGCGGAGUGGAUGUUCCAAAAAUACGCUUCCACUAUAAUCAAUGAAAAUGGCUACACCGGGCACGAGAGCAGCGCGUAGUGGUGCGUAUGCUCCGCAGAUCCGCUUUAAAAGCGUAAAAAUAGGACAGUCUUCUAUUUAUAUAUUUUACGCAAAGUGUGUUCGCCCUUUUACACAGUAAGUGUCUAUAUGUCUUUUAAAUUAAACUACAGAUAUACAUGAAACAACUUAAUGAUGACUUAGUGAGCGUAUAUUGGCAUUUUCAGUUUCAUUUUGAAUUUGUUUUUAUUUCUUGUUCCCUCACCUGCGUCCUCUGAUAACAGCUGACAGUAGAUUGAUGUUUUCCCAGCGCUGUGCCAAUAACUGAAUCCUAAAAUAAAAAGCUCACCGUCUCGCCUGUGACGUACGCCGUGUGUGCGCUGCAGGUGUAGCCCCUUAAAAGAUACAUUCCAUGGCACACACGGUCCGCGGACGGUCCGCAUACGUUACACGUUCAAUGUAGCCAAAGUGUAAGGGGAACACCACCUAAAUAAGAAUUCCAAUAGGUUAUUUCCAUGGCUAGGGAAAGUUUAAUAUUUAUAAACAUGAACUACUCUCUCUCAAAGCAAGAAACCAGAGGAGUAAGUCCAAACCUGUGAUGUAAUCAAGUAUAAAGUCUGGAGCUGCACCAGAGUGAGUCUGGUUUUGGUUCCUUUUUUAUACCCCAAUGAGUUUUGGUUGUGAAACAGAACAUGUACCCAUAUACUCAGAACAUUCCGCUGGGUUCUCUCAGGCUACAUUUACAUUGCUAUGUUUUGGUUUAAAAACGAAUAUCUUUUGCUACGUUCACACCUUGCCUUCACGCUGCUCUGGCGUUUCAGAGCCCACAAACUUAAAAACUCUUCUGACCCGUUUUGGUUUGGAAUCUGCGGGGUUGUGUUGCAGUCUCAACGGCCGCAAAUGGUGACCUUUGGCAACACCAACACUGACGCCAACGUUUUGCCGCCUGAUUGGGUCUUAUGACGUCUCGUUCUCUGAGACUAAGCUACUA